AUGAAAUCGUCAAAUUCGAGUUUCGAUGAGGCUUCAGUUUUAAGAUUCGGUUCGUUAACUCUGACGUCAUCAACAACGGAAUCCAUAAGUCCGGUAACUCUUAAUUCUGAUUGGUCCAGAGUUGCCAAAUUGUUACUAUUAACGGCUCUUUCCGUUACCGGAAGUGUCGGAAACGUAUUCAUGAUAAGUUCCGUUAUGAUCGAAGAUAAUUUAAAAAAAAGAGGAAAUUCCUUUUUGGUCAACAUCGCACUUGCCGACAUAUUAAUAACAGGUUUGGUGAUUCCCGCUUCGACGGUCGUCAUACUCGCAGAUUUGACGGAUGCAAAAUUCGUCGUUUGUAAUUUUCAAUGGUUUCUGGCUCUCGUCUCAUGUUUGGUAUCCGUUCUGACCAUAUCGGCAACGGCCGUGGAAAACUACGCUCGACUUUGCAUGCCACCGGAUUGUUACAAUAAUUUGACGCCGUGUAAAAUAACGACCAUAAUCAUUUUCAUAUGGAUAAUAAGUUGCACGGCCGUAACGAUACAAACCGUCCUCGAUUUGGGUCCCGACUACUGUAAGCGAACGUCUCAAGGACUUCUUCCCUAUCAGAUAAGUAUCGGAGUCGUUUUUGUUUUCAUACCCGCCAUUGUCACCUUUUCCUUUUUCUCCCUGAUAACGUACAGAGUUAAAACGUUCAAAUCCAUUCCGACGUUUCGUCCUCCCGUCACGUUCACAUCCGAUUACGAACUCAUGAAAUCAAACAUGUACGGAUUUAUAUUUUUCGUCAUGUUUUGGCUACCGUUCGGACUCACAUUGGCUCUCGGUUCGAUACAAACGAUAUCCCAAAGGAUUUUCUACAGUUUGGCGUGGCUCGCGUUGAGCAAAUCAUGUUUUUUAAAUUUUCUUUACUGUUUGACGAAUCGGCAUUUCAGAAACGCGUACGUCAACUUGUUUCAUUAUUGCUGUUGUAAAACGACCGUUUCCUUUUCGCGGAGAUCUCGCGAACACGUUCGUCCGACCGGAGACGUUCGCGUUCACAUUAUUCCCGGCUACGACAUGUAUUCUUACACGAGUCCUCAAAGAUCGAGGGAUGUUGCUGCUAAAACGUCUGUGAAAAGAGUCGGAGGUACGACGUCGUGCGGUCCGGCAUCGACGAGACCGAACGGACGAGACAUUUACGAAUUAUGA